AUGGUUGAGAUGGAGAAGGGGGUUACUGCGGGGAAACUCGCUAGUAACGUGCAGAAGAAAUUAACACGGGCCCAAGAGAAGGUUAUGCAGAAACUGGGGAAAGCAGAUGAGACCAGAGAUGUUGCAUUUGAGGAGGGAGUGAUCAACUUCAACAAACAAUAUACAGAGGGCUCCAACCUGCAGAAAGACCUGAGGGUCUACCUGGCGGCAGUACAAACGAUGCACGAAUCCUCCAAGAACCUUAAGGAGUGUCUGUCUGACAUGUACGAGCCAGAGUGGUACGGCAAAGAUGAUGUGGACUCCAUCGUCGAGGACACUGACGUUCUGUGGACAGACUUCCAUCAGAAGCUUGUGGAUAAUGCUUUGAUAUCCAUGGACACAUACCUGGGGCAGUUCCCUGAUAUUAAGUCUCGUAUUGCAAAGCGUGACAGGAAGCUUGUGGACUACGACAGCGCCAGGCACAACCACUCUUCGACCAAUAAGGGGAAGAAAGGAAAGGAUGGGGGCAUCAAGAUCACCAAGCCAGUGUCUCUGUUGGAGAGGGCCACUCCAGUUUGGGCUCAGGGCAUCCUGUCAGCCCACAACAUUGCUCAGAGUAACCUCUCUAGGAACCAGGCGGAGGAUGAGUUGGAGAGAGCUCAGAAGGUGUUUGAGGAGAUUAAUGAAGAUCUUCAGGAGGAACUGCCCUCACUAUGGAACAGUGUCCCCACCCCUACAGUGUCCCCACCCCUACAGUGUCCCCACCCCUACAGUGUCCCCACCCCUACAGUCUCCGUACAGUGUCCCCACCCCUACAGUGUCCCCACCCCUACCCCUACAGUGUCCCCACCCCUACAGUCUCCCCACCCUACAGUCUCCCCACCCCUACAGUGUCCCCACCCCUACAGUGUCCCCACCCCUACAGUCUCCCCCACCCCUCAGUGUCCCCACCCCACCCCUACAGUCUCCGCACCCCUACAGUGUCCCCACCCUAUAGUGUCCCCACCCCUACAGUCUCCGCACCCCUACAGUGUCCCCACACCUAUAGUGUCCCCACCCCUACAAUGUCCCCACCCCUACAGUCUCCCCACCCCUACAGUGUCCCCACCCCUACAGUGUCCCCACCCCUACAGUGUCCCCACCCCUACAGUGUCCCCACCCCUACAGUCUCCAGUCUCCCCACCCCCCACCCCUACAGUGUCCCCACCCCUACCCUACAGUGUCCCCACCCCUACAGUCUCCCCACCCCUACAGUCUCCCCACCCCUACAGUGUCCCCACCCCCACCCCUACAGUGUCCCCACCCCUACAGUCUCUGCACUCCUUCAGUGUCCCCACCCCUACAGUCUCCGCACCCCUACAGUGUCCCCACCCCUAUAGUGUCCCCACCCCUACAGUCUCCCACACCCCUACAGUGUCCCCACCCUAUAGUGUCCCCACCCCUACAAUGUCCCCACCCCUACAGUCUCCCCACCCCUACAGUGUCCCCACCCCUAUAGUGUCCCCACCCCUACAGUCUCCCCACCCCUACAGUGUCCCCACCCCUAUAGUGUCCCCACCCCAGUACAAUGUCCCCACCCCUACAUCUCCCCACCCCUACAGUGUCCCCACCCCUACAGUCUCCGCAUACAGUGUCCCCACCCCUACAGUGUCCCCACCCCUACAGUGUCCCCACCCCUACAGUGUCCCCACCCCUACAGUGUCCCCACCCCUACAGUGUCCCCACCCCUACAGUGUCCCCACCCCUACAUGUCCCCACCCCUACAGUGUCCCCACCCCCAGUGUCCCCACCCCUACAGUGUCUCCACCCCUACAGUGUCCCCACCCCUACAGUGUCCCCACCCCUACAGUGUCCCCACCCCUACAGUGUCCCCACCCCUACAGUGUCCCCACCCGUGUCCCCACCCCUACACUGAGACCAGUGAUGCCGCCGCGGCCUGAAUCCAGCCCCUGUCGGGACAUGAAACCAGAAAACAUCAUUAAUCUGUUUGAUGCUGCAGCUGCUCCUAACAUCAGUGUUACAUCCCCAACACAGUUUGACAGCCCUGCAGGGGACAACCUUUUGGACAUGGACCUGUCCACCCUGGCUACACCAAGUCAUGGUGGCACAGCCGUGUCCUCAGCCUCUCAGGCGAUAUCGUGGGACACAUGGGAGCCUGAGGAAACUGCUGCUCCACCAGAGGAGCCCCAGGACUGGGAUGAUGACGGUACCCUGCCGGUGCGUGCUGCUGGCUGUGGGGAUGACGGUAUAGCUGCCACCACGGCAGGCUGGGAUGACGAUGGCUCUCUGCCUGUGAGGGUGGAUGACUCCUGGGGGGACGAUGGUGUUGCUGAUGCCACUGCUUCCGCUGCCGUGGCCGAGUCUGAGGCUGCUGGCUGGGAUGAUGAUGAGGAGGGGGUGCCCCAGGCUGACACGCCCACAGCAGAUGCUGCAGCACCUACACCUACAGCCACAGCAGUAGAGGAGAUUCCUGCUGUCGCAACAGUAGCAACCAAUGGGGCUUCAGAGGCGGUAGAGAUGCCGCCAGGAUUCCUCUUUAAAGUGACCACCAUGCAUGACUAUGCAGCUAAUGACUCGGGUGAGCUGGAGAUGAAGGCUGGAGACAUAGUGCUGGUUGUGGCCUUCGACAACCCAGAAAUACAGGAUGAGGGCUGGCUGAUAGGGAUGAAGGAGGGAGACUGGAUCCAGAAUAAAGAGAGUGCCGUCAAAGGGGUGUUCCCUGAGAACUUUACCUCCAGGCUGUGAGAGAGGAGACACUUCAUCUUCUACUUUGACCACUCUCUCUUCCACAAGAUACUCUCUUCUCUGACCUCUCUCUUCCCUCUCUCUUCCCUCUCUCUCUCUCUUCCCUCUCUCUCCCUGCCCUCUCUCUCCCUUCCCUCUCUCUCUUCCCUCUCUCUCUUCCCUCUGUCUCUCUACCCGUGCCAUCCUCCCUCCUCCUUUUCUAACCUCUGGGAUUGUACAGGAGUGAUACUGUAGUCAUUGGCAAGAGAAACGCCACUGCAUAAUCAGCUGUCUGUUCUGUAACCAUUUCUAACAUGAUCACACUGUAGGGUCAGAUUACAUCACAUCACACUGCAGGGUCAGAUUACAUCAUAUCACACUGUAGGGUCAGAUUACAUCACAUCACACUGUAGGGUCAGAUUACAUCACAUCACACUGCAGGGUCAGAUUACAUCAUAUCACACUGCAGGGUCAGAUUACAUCAUAUCACACUGUAGGGUCAGAUUACAUCACACUGUAGGGUCAGAUUACAUCACACUGUAGGGUCAGAAUACAUCACACUGUAGGGUCAGAUUACAUCACAUCACAUUGCAGGGUCAGAUUACAUCAUAUCACACUGCAGGGUCAGAUUACAUCACAUCACACUGCAGGGUCAGAUUACAUCAU